AUGCUGUGGCUGGCACUGAUUCAACAGUCCUUCCUUAUUCCUUCGACGUUUCUACUCUGGAGAGCCAUCAUCGGAACGGGCAUCUUCGCUUUCGGGGGCCAAAUGCUGCUCACAAGAGGUUUCCAGCUCGAGAAAGCUGGAAUUGCGGCUGUCAUGCGCUACCUGCAAGUGGUGUUUGUCUUCCUUUGGGACUCGAUCAUUCUGGGCGAGCACAUCAAUCACUGGAGUAUUGUCGGUGCUUUUGUUAUCGUAUCAGGUGCGGUAGCCAUCGCAGUACGAAAGAUAAAGACUGUGCAAGACUAA